UAUCUAUGAUUAUUACUUAUUAAGCUAUAAUUAUUACAAUACUGAAAUUGCUAAUAUCUGUGAAAGUAAUAGAGUGCAAUAAUUUAAAAACUAACAUCCAAGUUAACAAACAACCGACAAAUUACUAAAUACAAUUAUUAUUGUUUCAAAAGUAAAAUGUUGAGCCUAAGACUUUUUCGUCAAACCAAAUGUUCAAUGUUUGCCGCCCAAAGACCAAUAUCGUUUAAUGCACUGUCAAAGUGUGUGAAUCGAUUUAAUGUCACCAGUCAUUUGGGCAACAAAACACUAACUAAGCCUUUAUUGACUGCUCCAAUGAUAACACGUUUCACUGGAAGUGCUGCUGCUGUUAAGACUGGCAAAAAUUAUGCUAGUUUGUGGAGAACCGAACGUAUUGUUUCCAUAGCACUUAUGGGAUUGUUUCCUGCCUCAGUAUUAUAUUCAUCACAAAUAGUUGACACUUUAUUAGCAGCAAGUAUUAGUCUCCAUGUUUACUGGGGACUUGAAGCAUUGGUAGUUGACUACUUACGUGUACCAGUUGUUGGACAGCUGGCUAACAAAUCUGGACAUGCAGCUGUUGCUCUUCUUGCAAUUGUCACCUUGGCUGGAUUUUUGCAAGUUAUUUUUGUUGGUGAUGGACUUGGUAACGCCAUCGUUCAGCUUUGGAAGUUGUAAUAUUACUUAAUAUUUUUUCAUGUAGUGUAACAUGUAAAUAUUCCGUUGAAUUAAAUCUUAAUUUUAUCUUUUUGUUUGUUGUAUGAAGAUGUGAAGUUCAGUUAUAGUUACAAGCAAUAAAAAAAUUAUUACAUACAUAA